CGGCCCUUGGUGGUCGCGGCGCCGUCGGCGUCGCCACGGUCUGCCCCGCGUCCGUCCACGCGGGCCGCUCCUUCAGCUCCCAGACGUGCGGCGCUUCUUUUUCGAGCGCCUCGCCCGCGGCCGCCGCCUCGGCCCGCCGCCGCGCCGCGCCGCCGCGCAUGCAGGCCCACAUGUCCGCGGCGCGCUGCUGGCAGUCGUCGAAGGUGCCGUCGCGGUAGACGACCUCGAACUGGUGCUUGGGCGUCGCGCAACUAUACAACGCGUCGAGCUCGAGCCAGCAGCUCGUGCGCUCCUCUUGCGGUUUCGGUGGUGGUGUGGCGGCGGCGUCGUCGGACAUUUGUGAUGCGUGCGCGCGCUCGCUUUUGUGAGCACAGUGUAGCAGUGGGGGCCCCUGCUGCUCCCCUGCGUCGGCUGGACGAGCUCCAGCGAAGCGUAGUGCCGUGUGCAAUCUAUGCGUCAAGGAAAUCACUCGUACGAGCCCUUGUCAACUCGUACGGACGCCGCCGCGCAAGCGCGGCUUACAAAUCGUGCUAG